AUGAUUGAGACAAUUAACAUAGCCCUCACAGCACAGGAUGAGCUCAUCGUACAAACGCUGGACCGUUGGAAAGAGCUGAUCCCCAACUCCAAAGUGGCCACAACUCAACUCGAAUACCAGCCCUCCUGGCGCUUACGAACACCACUCAAUGCUAACACGCCGGAAAAAUCAAUGGUUGUUCUCAACGAAUUGGUGGAACUCCAAGAACCGACUAAUUUGGUGACACGCGAUGAUUCACAUGUGCCAAUGCAUCUGCAGCAACACCACUUCGGAGGAGCACUCCCAUCGCCACAAACACUGCACCACCACAUGGGAAGUCUGGGCAGAAAAAUUAAUAAUAAUGGAUCCACUGGUGGACCACUCGGACGAUCGCAUCGAUUGUCGACAUUCCGACCAUUACAUGGACAACACGCUGACCUCAUACGCGAGUGUAUUGAGGAACGUAUGACUGGACCCACAUAUGAGACUAUCGAUCCCCACCAUUUAAGUCAUUUCGGGUAUUCAACCGAUUAUUGCACAGUUAGUGGCAGCGGCUGUAGUAGUGGUAGUAGUGUUGGUCGCGGUAAUGCCGGUUGUAUUGAGACAAUACUACCCGACUCCCGGUGCUAUGCAACGGCGGGCAGGGGUCACACGGGUCGGGCCGUUGAUUACCAGCCGGUGAACCCUCACCACAACCCUAUCUAUUGCGCCAACACUAAGGAAUUGGAUAAAAGCGAUGUCUUCGGAAUUUUAAGCGCAAUCUUUACAAUCAUUUCACUCAUGAGUUACGUGAUAGACAUCGGAACAGAUCUGACUGUUUGUUAUUUCUUAUACGGAAUUAACGACAGUUUCUCUUUGGGGCUCACAUUCGCCAUAACAAUCAUACCAUCCAUUACUGUCAAUAUAUUUAGUAUCAAAUGGCUAAUACACGAUCACCGCAAAGAAAAACUGGAAUCAAUACGUCGGCCCCGAAUAGGUGUCAUGGGUUGGAUGGUUAGGAUUUUAGUGCAUUUAUUACUAUUAGGACCAGUUCUCAGAUAUCUGGAGCUUCUGUGGUAUGGAUUAGAGAGUAGAUCAGAGAACAAACGCAAUGAGAAGCACGAGCAGAGAGAGUGGCAAAUGAAUGCACUGCCGGUUCUGUCCACUCUUCAGAGAACUAAUCACACGGAAAGCCAAACUCAUGUGACAAAUGAGCCGCAAAUUGAUUACUAUCUGUUGGCCAUUCAUGAGGACAGGGAUACAGCUCUGCUAUCUCUACUCAAAAGCUUCAUUCAAUGCGCGCCUCAAAUGGUUCUUCAAAUAUAUUUAUUGGCAAAAUCUAAACCGGAUUUCAAUAUAUCUAAAGAAUACGUCCAAAUGGCAGCUAUAAUAUCAUCUCUAUUUGAGUUGAGUUGGUCUAUGGCUUCGUAUAACAGAGCACUGAGGAGAUCAACUCCAAGCAAACUGAAUGUCUCGCGAAUGGCAACCAUAACACACUUCUUAUGGCGGUUCUGCACAAUCGGAUCCAGGGUUUUAGCGAUCGCUCUCUUUAUAAGCGAAUAUAGCUAUUGGGUGUUUCCCGUGGCUAUUGGCCACUGGGGUAUUAUGACCAUCUGGAUCAUGCACCAACAAACCAGAUUCUGUGACAGUGAGAGGGGUGAUGCCCGACCUUGUCACGAAUACCUGUUCAAUAUGAUAGUGGGCGCCAUUUACCUCAUCUGUUUUCUCAACGUUAAGGACGAGCCCACCCGCUAUAAGUAUCUCUCCUUUUACACGAUAGUAUUGAGUGAAAACAUCUCAUUCAUCAUAUUAUGGUAUAUACGGAGUGAUGCCCUCAAGUGGUAUCACACGCCAGCCUUGGCUACCGUUUUGGGAGCAUUUGGUUUAGGAAUGCUUUUUAUGUUCAUUUACUACUGGUUUCUGCACCCAAACGGUAGACCCCUUUGGGUCAAUCGUGCGGCGCGUUGUUGUUAA